GCAUCUCCCUUACCUCUGACCUACUCUGGGAUGCGCUACUGCGUCAUCGACGAAUCCCCAAGUUUUCACUGAGGAAUGCUGUCUGUCUUCUCGCUGUUGUUCAUGGCCGGGAUGCUGCACAGAGGGACAGCCUUCGGCCUUCCUCGAAUUGCUCAGCGAAGUUCAGCAACCCUUGCCUCCUGGGUGAAGGUGUCAGCAGCAGCAGCAACGGUCCAACCACCUCUUGUAGCCACCAAAGAUACAUCCAGCUUGCUAAGCGAGCUUGCAUCUAGAGUCGUGCAAGGAAAGGCGGAGAGGGCAGUGCCGGCAGGAUCCCAGCUCAAACGGAGACGCGCCUGGGACCUGUACCUCGAUGGGUCAGAGGCAGCAGCGGUGUUGGUGGUGAGCAAGAAAUCGACAUUUACGCUCGAAGACGCUCGCACAGCGCUUAGGAUCAUAAGCGACGAGGCGGCUGCCAGAUGCCUCAACGAUGAGACCAAACACGUGCGGCAGCUUCUCCUGACAACACGUGCGGCAGUGGCCCCUGCAGCCGACGCAUUUCUUCAGGGGGUGCACGCGAACCUUGGACCGCCCGAUUUUGGCGAGACGGGCGGUGUCGCCGUCAUGAGGUGGGAACAACUUCAGCAUUUGGUUCAAGAAGGGGGCCUCGGGCGGCACCUUAUCACGUCCCGCUCUCGCCGAAGGGGUGGAAGUGGUGAUCCCAACGCGCCGUCAUUUGCACUACCUGCGUGGUUGGUCGAGGAGCGGGAGCGCGGCGUAGGCGCGGUGUUCGAUCUCAACUCGCCUUUUGAGCCAGCUGGAGAUCAGCCGGAGGCAAUCAAGGCCCUUUGCCAAGGAAUUGAGGAAGGAAAGCGGCAUCAGACGCUCCUCGGCGCGACGGGCACGGGGAAGACAUUUAUCAUCGCUAACGUGAUUCAGGAAGCUCGCCUCCCGACCCUGGUGCUUGCUCCGAACAAGGUCCUGGCUUCGCAGCUCACGAACGAAUUACGCGCAUUGUUCCCCAACAAUGCGGUGGAAUUCUUUGUGAGCUACUACGACUACUACUUGCCAGAAGCGUUCAACUCUGCUUCAGACACUUACAUCGACAAGGUUGUGCAGAUCAACGACGACAUCGAUCGGAUGCGCCAUUCUGCCACACAAUCCCUGCUGGAGAGGAGAGACGUCAUCGUCGUGGCCUCAGUGAGUUGCAUAUAUGGGCUGGGUAUGCCCAGCAAGUAUCUGGAGGCGAGUAUCCGGAUUGUCGUGGGUCAGGAGUGGACUGGUGGCUGGAGGGCGCUAGCACAGCAUCUCGAACAGGGACUGUUCUACACCCCGAAGCACAACCAAGAAGACUUCGAGGCUCUCCCUCGUGGAAGCUUUCGUAGUGUUUCUGUGGAAGGCGGAGGAGGUGUCAUCGAGAUCGGUCCUGCUUCAGAUGAAGCCGUCGUCCGUGUCACACUGGAUGCGGCAGGUGUCGUGCGGAGAAUACAGGUGGUGCCCAUCGUCCGGGGGGGCGAGGCGAGAGCGGACAAGGAGAAGGAACCGCACCGUGACCUGUCGGACCUACUCACCGCUCCAGAUCGUGGCCACCACAAGAGGGAACCGCAUCAUGACCUGUCAGACCUACUCACCGCUCAAGAUCUUGGCCACGACAAGCCUCUGGUGGGCUCAGAACGAGCACUGGACGACGUAGACGCGCACGUGAUCUACCCCGCCAAGCACCAUGUGGUCGGGAGGGGAGAAAUGGAAGACGUGAUGUCCAAGAUCUCGGAGGAGAUGGAGGAGCGGUGCUCACAGCUGGGACUCGGCGGGAAGAUCUUGGAAGCAGAGCGAUUACGCCAGCGGACCGAAAACGACCUGUUGCUACUUGGCGCUGUCGGGACUUGCAAGGGUGUGGAGAACUACUCCCGUCAUCUCGCUGGACGUGCACCAGGAGACCCACCAGAAACCCUGGUCGACUAUUUCCCCGAGAACGAAUGGCUUCUAAUCGUGGAUGAGAGCCACGUUUCCGCGCCACAGUUGGGCGCCAUGUGGGGAGGAGAUCAGGCGCGCAAGAAGAAGCUCGUGGAGCACGGGUUUCGACUUCCUUCGGCUUUGGACAACCGACCUUUGAAGGCCGACGAAUUCUGGUCCAAAGUCGACAAGACCAUCUUCGUCUCGGCCACUCCCGGGAAGUUCGAGCUGGAACUCGCCACUCUCGGGGCGGGUAAAAGCGGCGGAAUGGGCUGGGACGAGAUCGGAGAUCUCGUAGAUGCUCAGGCGGUCAUUCGACCCACUGGCAUCACGGAUCCUCCGGUAGACAUCCGGCCCUCGGAGGGACAAGUGUCGGAUAUGGUGCAAGAAUGCAAGACAAGGGGGGGGCGUGGAGAGCGGGUGUUGGUGACUGCGCUGACCAAGCAAAUGGCCGAGGAUCUGUCGGCCUUCUUGAUGGAGCAAGGUGUGCCGACGGCCUAUCUGCACUCCGGCGUCAAGCCCAUGCAGCGUUUGGAGCUGCUUCGGCAGCUGAGGAGCGGCGAGAUCGACGUGAUCGUCGGCGUAAACUUGCUGAGGGAGGGCCUCAACCUUCCCGAAGUGUCCCUGGUGUGCAUUCUGGAUGCAGACGCCGAGGGCUUCCUUCGCUCGGACACGGCCUUGUUACAAACGAUAGGACGAGCUACGAGGCAUGAGGCAGGCAGGGCCGUCUUGUACGCCGAUCGCAUCACUCCUUCCAUGAAGAGAGCUCUGGCUGAGACCGAUCGGAGAAGAGAGAUACAGACGAGGCAUAACAAGCUCCACGGAAUCACGCCAAGCGUAGCCAAGGCAGCGUCUGUAGGCGACAGUAUCUUGGACAGCAUUAAUGGCGAUGCCGUUCACACGCAGCGGGAAGGAGAAGGCCGUGAUAGUAGCAGCGACCACGUCGCAUCCUGGGCGAAUCACUCUCUGCUCCCAGAUCAGGUUCAGCUGCUGUACGAUUUAGCGGCCCAAAACGGCAAGGGUUCAGCACACCAACAAAAGACUCUGCUCACACCAAGCGAAGGCACGACACAUGCUCUGAUGCGUCUGGCAGAGCAAGCUUCCACGAAGAUGUCCUUAGCGGCGACUAAGACGGACUUCAAGGAGGCAGCUCUAUGGCGAGACCGUAGAGACGCUUUGCUAUCCACCCUUUCGACUAUUGGAACCUAUCAGCAGUAA